AUUCAUAAAAUUGAUCGGUUGAAUUUAUGAAGACAGAAUAAACUUUAAUAGAUAAACAGUUACAAAAUGUAUACGACUACAAACCAAUAGUGGAACUCAAUACCAUAAUACCAGUGAAUUUAAAGUCAAUAUUAAAACAAAUUUGUUUUUUUUUACAAAAGCCGUUUUUUGUAAUCUUAAAAAGAGGUAACCAACAAAAAUCCACCUAAAUGUCCGACGAAGUGCCUUCGGGAAGAUUAUCUCAAAAUUUUGAUCCGCUUACCAACUUGCAGCAGCCGGGCAGCACUCAUCACCAUCAGUAGCAGCAUUAUUACCAGCAGCAGCAACAACAACAGCACAGCCUGCUAAGAAGAAGAUGAAAUUCCUCCUCUCCAUCACCCUCAACAUCGGGUCGGGCAACACCAGCUUCAUUGGGUGCUGCUAGUGUGGGCAGUGCUGGAAGUAGCGGUAGUUCACAUCACCAUGAUCAACAGCAGCAGCAGCAACAUCAGGCAUUCCAAGACCAGUACCAGUAUUUAAUUCAAGCACAUAAUUACUUUCUGCGUUCUCAAUAUUCUGGGCCGGGAGCAAAUCAAAGUCAUUAUUUUUAGCAGCAACAGCAUUAUCAAGGGCAAUAUAUCACACAUCAUCAUCAUCAACAGGGGCAUUUGAUGAUCAUGACAGGGGCAUUGCAACAUCAACAACAACAACAGCAUUCGUUUCCAACCCUAUAUGACACUUCGCAUAUUUUGAAUUCUUCUCCAUUGCUUACCAAAUGGGUCAUCUCCUUUAGCGGCCUCUAAGUCGCAGCAAAUGGAAUUGAACCUGGACAGUCCUGCAGCUGCCUUCCAACGUAGCCAAGCUACAGUCCAAUCGACACCAAAUAGUCCAUGUUUAAUGCCUCGGCGGACCCAAAAACCACCUCCCUUACCGGCUAAGCCCACCAGCAGCGGCGCAGCGGUAUCGCAAGCCGUUCCCAUUGCCUCAAACCAAAAUGUAACGUUAAAAUAUCAACAAUCACAACGACAACAGCAAGUGAAUCCAGCUGCAUCACUGGAUGCUCCAUGGCUUCAUUUUUCAUCGUUGACGGAAAAUUUGGAUGAUCAUCAGGUCAAUAAUUAUACGCAGGAUGUACCGGAGGUAGGCUUGAUAAUUCCGCGAAAGCAAUGAUUAGGGUGAGCGCUGCUUGGAGCUUCAAUUGGAAUUACAUCGUUCAAAGAAUCAAGUUGGC